UUUGUUCGGCACCAAGUUUGGGCACACUGCAUCUUUGCUCGCAAAAUCGCGAAACGCAAAAAAUUAAAUUAGCUUUAUCAAGUAGUGUUGGUGGAAAAGAAACUGCAAAAGUAUAUAUAUUUUAACGUUCGAAUGAUCAGCCAAAGAAACAAACAACAAGAAAAGGCGUUAUAAUAAAUAUUCUCUGUUCUUGUUGUGCCUCUGUGUGCUUGUGUGUUCUCGUGUCGGUGUGCGGUUACUGUUCAUUGGUGUGCGUGUGCGUAUAGCUGUCACUUUCUGGCGCGCGCACAAGAUAUAUACACACAGAAAUUUGAAAAAGCAGUGGCCCCCAAACGCCCCACGCCCCCUUUCCAGACAGCCGCCCCCGACGUUGCCUUCUCGCCUGGAUGUGUGCGCCCGGUUCCGGUGCCGUUUGGUUACCGUUCUGGAUCUGGAAGCAGUGUGCGUGCGAGUGAGAGGGCACCAUUUAGCAGCCAAAGGAGCAAGAGAAGGAGCAGCAGAGGAUCUCGAGUUGCCGGUACCGUUACAGAUCAAAAACAUACACGCGGGAAAGGAGUGGAAGGAGCACAGUUCCAGUAUUCAAGACAAGCUGAUCGAACAAACACAAAAAAAAGGAGGAAAAACAAGGGAGCACCAUUACCAUUCCACUACUCCACGGGAACGAGGAGCAAGUGGACGAGUGGAGGAAACCCGGAACCAGGAGAACUCCCCUUGAGACCCUGAGAUGUUGCCAUUCACCCCGCAGGUAGUCAAGCGUUUGUUAGCACUCAAAAAGGGCAACGAGGACAACAGCGUCGAGGGCAAGUGGUCGGAGAAGGCCGUCAAGAAUCUGGUCAAGAAGAUCAAGAAGAAUUCGCAGCUGGAGGAGCUAGAGCGGGCGAUCUCCACACAAAACUGCCAGACGCGGUGCGUGACGGUGCCGCGCAGCAAGCCAGCUCCCGCCGGCGAGCAUCUGCGCAAGGGUCUGCCGCACGUCAUCUAUUGCCGUUUGUGGCGCUGGCCGGAUCUCCAGUCGCAGAAUGAACUAAAGCCCCUCGACCACUGCGAAUACGCCUUCCAUCUGCGCAAGGAGGAGAUCUGCAUCAAUCCGUACCACUACAAGAAAAUCGAACUGUCCAUCCUGGUGCCGAAAUCGCUGCCCACGCCGCCCGACUCCAUUGUGGACUAUCCGCUGGACAACCAUACGCACCAGAUACCCAACAACACCGACUACAAUGCGGCGAUAAUCCGCAGCGCCUCGUUGAGUCCGCCGCAGUACAUGGAAUUGGGCGGUGCCGGGCCCGUUUCCGUAUCGUCCACCAGUUCGACGCCCGCCACAGCCGCCGGAGGCGGUGGUGCCUCCUCCUCCUCGUCGUCCUCGUCCGCCGCCUCCGCCUACCAACAGCAGCAGCAGCAGCUGUCCUUUGGCCAAAACAUGGACUCGCAGUCAAGUGUGCUCAGCGUGGGCAGCAGCAUUCCCAACACCGGCACCCCUCCGCCCGGCUAUAUGAGCGAGGAUGGUGACCCCAUCGAUCCCAACGACAACAUGAACAUGUCGCGUCUUACGCCGCCCGCCGAUGCAGCCCCGGUGAUGUACCACGAGCCGGCCUUCUGGUGUUCCAUCUCCUACUACGAGCUCAAUACGCGCGUCGGCGAGACCUUCCACGCAUCGCAGCCAUCGAUCACGGUGGACGGCUUCACCGAUCCCUCCAACUCGGAGCGCUUCUGCCUCGGCCUGCUGUCCAAUGUGAAUCGCAACGAGGUCGUGGAGCAGACGCGUCGUCACAUUGGCAAGGGAGUACGGCUGUACUACAUUGGCGGGGAGGUGUUCGCCGAAUGCCUCAGCGACUCGUCCAUCUUUGUACAGAGCCCGAAUUGCAACCAGCGCUACGGCUGGCAUCCGGCCACCGUCUGCAAGAUCCCGCCCGGCUGCAACCUGAAGAUCUUCAACAACCAGGAGUUCGCCGCCCUGCUAUCGCAGUCCGUGUCGCAGGGAUUCGAGGCCGUCUACCAGUUGACGCGCAUGUGCACCAUCCGCAUGUCGUUCGUAAAGGGCUGGGGCGCCGAGUAUCGCCGCCAGACGGUCACCUCGACGCCCUGCUGGAUCGAACUCCAUCUGAACGGGCCGCUCCAGUGGCUGGAUCGCGUGCUCACACAAAUGGGUUCGCCGCGGCUGCCGUGCAGCUCCAUGUCGUAAGCGCAGCGGCCGGUUCCGGUUUUCAAUUUUCCCCUUCCCAGUUGCCCGCACAGUAAGCGACGGAGAUUAAGCCCAUUUUGAGCUGACAAGAAACCAAGAAAGCCCAGUACGGCGCUGACAAGUCACACUGAAGAACUGAAGCAGCAAGGAUACCAUCCUCAAGAAUUUGCGGCAUUCAGUUAAAUUUACUCAGUCUUGUUCGCAGAAAAUUUCGAAUUUUAAAAUUGCUUACUUUUGAUCGAUUUUUAUUUAAACUAGCUGAGUAUAUAUGCUGUUAAAGAUUGAAAUACCUUUGCAUAGGUAUUAACCAGCUCAAGGAAAAUUAAAUAUAAAUCGGCAAGAAAGUGUACAAAUUUAAAACGAAGAAAAGCUGGUCAUGCGGGAAUUUAAAUCUUGCUGAACUAAUUAUUGAACCGUCUGUCCUACCAAGUAUUUCCCUAAAAGGCUCGCAAAAACCGAAAAUACUAUACAUUUCUUUGUUUAUGUUUAUAAAACUCACACACUUCUUCAGUGUUACUUGUCAGAACCUCGACGGGAAAGCAAAAUGAGAAUCGGAAUUGGUUUCAAAGAGAAAACCAAGAAAAUUCUGAGAGCACAUAUGAAAUAAGUUCAGGCAAAUUAUAUACGAGUACAUACUUGAGUAAUUGAAAACCAGUGGUAGAUGCAAACCAGAUACAGAUACAGAUAUAUCUAUAUACAAAGAGCACACACUUACAUGUGGGAUAUAUAUAUAUCUUUACAAGCAUAUAUGAGAGAGAGCAUGUAUUUGGCGUUACAAGUUUAGGACUAUAUAUUGUGUAGGUGGAAACGUGGAGAGUUACAGUUUUCGAUAAGAAGCAACAAUUUUUUUUAACAUUUUACACACAAAAAUGAGCAAAUAACCUAAAUGAAACCGACCAGGAACACACAAAACCAAAAGAACCCCGAAUCUGUGUGCGUAAAAUUGGUUAGCGCUAGAAGCGAGAGAGUCAAAAUUCUUUGAGAAAGAAGCAAAACAAUUAUAUCGGUGAUUUGAAACAAAAAGAAAAG